AUGUGGGCAAGCCCUUUUGUUAAGAGGGUGGUUUUUGCUUCCAAACUCAAAGGCAUACCCUACGAAUACGUUGAAGAAGAUUUGAGGAACAAAAGCUCAUUGCUUCUCAAACUGAAUCCUGUUCUUCAGCAAGUUCCGGUACUUGUUCACGACGGAAAACCGAUUGCCGAGUCCCUAGUCAUCCUUGAGUACAUUGAUGAAAUCUGGAAAACUGGCCCUCAGCUUCUUCCACAAGAUCCAUAUAAAAGAUCUCAAGCUCGCUUUUGGGCCGGCUUUAUGCCGCAUAUUUUUGAGAGUUUGGCCACAGUGUUGGAAACCAGUGGAGAAGCACAAGAGAAAGCCAUCAAAGAAGUGAGUGAGAGAGUAAAGCUACUAGAAGAGAGAUUGAAGGGUUACUACCCAGAUGGAUUUCCCAGGUCAUUUGACCUAAAAGAUGUGGGACUUUUAUAA